AUGCUCGACAACAGCUAUCGUGUCGUGGAUACUCGUCAUCAAGAAGGUGUCAAUGACAACAACCAAUCAACGCAACAAGAAUCCAUCCUUUCUCAAUAUAAACAAAAUGGAUUUACUCGACGAAGACAUUUAUUAUUUAAAGUAGAAGGCUUUGAUUCCGAACUCUAUAACGGAAAUGCAAAAUUGAAAACAGCAUUGGAAAAUCAAUUUGAAAUUAAUAUUUGUCGAUUGAAAAUUGCUUUUCGACAUAAAAAACCUUUGAAUUUUGCUGCAGUUGAAUUAGAGGAGGAGAUUCUAUCGAUUGAUGAAAAUGGUAUUAAUAGCUAUACCAACAGCACAGAGAGUUAUGUUCGAGAAUGUAUUCAAAAAUUAGAUGGACAAUUUCUCAAUGGAAAUGUGUUGCAUUGUGAUUUAUUGACAGAUCAAGAAUUGACCUAUUUUAUGAUAAAGAAAAAGGAUGGCGAUUCGGAUCCAUUCAUUCCAUAUGAAAUAUUCGAUUCGUUGGAACACAUAUUCAUUGUUGAUUUUGAGAUGGCGGUGUUGGGAAAAUAUCAUAAAAUUCCAUGUGAAGUUGCCAUUGCAAAAUUUUGUUUGAAACAACUCAAAAUUGUAGAACAUUUCCACUCGUUUAUAUGCCCUACAUACAUUCCUCCAUGCGAUUUCCAAACCAUUGCAUAUACUUCUCAAAAUAUUCAUGGAAUUCCAUUGCAUUUCCCUUCGUAUCAGGAACUCCGAAUUUUUGACGACCUUUCCAAAAAUUAUGACCUUUUAUUGGAACGAAUUUUCAAAUUCUUGGGAUGUGAGAAGAGCCAAAACACCAAUCAUGACGAUACGAAGCAUUUCAUUGACUUGUCAAAAGUGCUCCUCAUUGCCCAUGCCCCGCACGCUGAAAAUUGUUCCUUUCAUUUUCUCACUCAGGAAAGCACAAGUUAUCAACAAUUGAAAUUUCCUCAAGUAUAUGACAUUAAGGAUUUUGUCACGAGCUAUGAGAAGGGAAAUGUUUAUUUUGAAUCCAGCCAUCCAUCCUCAACGUUUGAAGUCGCCUCAUCGACUGCAAAAGUCCUCUCUUCGAAAAAAUUGAAUGAUCUAUUGAAACAGCUCAGUUCCGAAGCGUGUGACAAGAAGUGUCAUUUCCAUUUAAAAUCUCUCAACACAUUUCACUGUGCAUUGUCUGAUGUGUUUGGAAUUGCUCGUGCUCUUUCCUGUACCAUGACGGAUGAAUAUAAGAAUGUGGAAUUCAUUUCUCACACGAGUGACAUGGCCAAUGAUAGAAACAUUGCUGUCACCCCAAACGAGUGUGUGCAUAGUUCUUCUGAUUCUACUCAAACUGUCAAGUUUGUCCCAAAACAAAAGGAAAUCAUUGAUCCGUUACUGUACAAGCAAAUUGAGGAUGAAUGGACAGGAGGAGAAACCAUGGAAUAUUUCUACAAGUGA